AUGUCUAGAUACUGGUCACGAGUCUACUUGAAGAUUCCUUUUGACCCAAAUGACACUUUCCGCGCGUACAGUGCAAGCGAAGGACAAGAAUACAUCAAGCCGCACAAAAAAUCUGGAUCGUCGUCGACCUUUCCGGGAAAAUGGAAUAUUUCAACUGAACAUUCUACGCCCAAGGCCGCGAUGAUGACCCCCAUCGCUCAGGUUGGAAAGAAAAGAUAUUGGCAAGCGCUUGCGUCAUGCCCAACGUUCAAGAACCGCAAGAUGUGGGAUGGUCUAUACGUGCUUCACACUGACACCGUCGAUCUGUGGAAUUUCCGUGACUCUCAUAAGUACUUGCACAGCCAAGAGUUCAGAGCAAUAAUGAUGAACGUAGUUGAUAAGAUAGAAGUUGGACCGACAGUUGAUCCCACCAAGGACCGUGUAGGCUGGACUUUUGGGUUCUAUAUGGUUGGCACUGUUGUGAGCAUGGCUUCCGCCCUGGCGGGAUCUGCAGCUCCCAUCGUGGUACCAAUCGCAGCAAGUGCCGCACUUGCUGUAUGGGUUUAA